AGUCACGGUUAUGCUCGCCACGCCUUCGGGAUCGACCACUUUUACUUUUAAGGUGUUAGGCUGAGCUCGUAGUGUAGAGGGGCGAGUUAACAGUAUUCGGACGUAAAUACUGGUACUCCAGUGUAUAUUACUGACGCCGUAUCGUAACACGGCUCGUGCCUCCUUGCUUCACUUACGCUUUAACACGUGCUCCCCAAUAUACUAAGCCGGUACGUCGUGGACUUCUCUUACAGAAAACCGCAAUGAGGCAUCAAAUGAUACUACUUUGUGCUUGCCUAGCUACGGUGAGUGCGACUCUGGAAGUGGUCAACCAGUGGAGCUUACUGCAGUUUGAUUUUCCACCUGAUCCAGUGCUUCUGGAGAAGUUUGAACCUGAAAACACUGUUCCUACAGGGUUAGAGAUAGGUUGGGACAAAUUGUACCUCGGUAUACCGAGGUUAAGGAGUGGCGUACCAGCCACUGUAGCAUGGGUUCCUCGGAGCUUGCCGCCUGGUGUCAGUCCUGUCUUGCAGGCGUACCCUGACUGGUCAUGGCAUACAGCAGGACGUGGGGACAUCAAUUGUACGGGGCUGAUAUCGGUGUAUCGCGUCCGAGCUGAUAGAUGCAACAGGCUCUGGGUACUGGAUGCCGGAGUUAUCACCAGCCUUGAUGAUUUCCGACGCGUUUGUCCUCCUAAAAUAUUGAUUUUUGAUAUGGCUACUGAUCGUCUUGUGAGAAGCGUAUACUUCCCUCGCGAGUUACUGCGUCCCAGCUCUUUGCUAACCAAUUUGGUGCUGGAUGAAACUCGUUCGUCUUCGAGGCUUUCGUCGACUUGUGAUCAUUUAUAUGCGUACAUCAGUGACACUGUAGCACCAGGCAUAAUAGUGUACGAUGGUGGUCGUGAUAAUGCUUGGCGCGUGACCCACGCAUCAAUGUACCCCGAUCCCGAUCUCGGCGAAUAUGACAUAGGCGGAGAAAGAUUUACCCUCAUGGAUGGUGUUGUCGGCCUUGCGCUUUCCCCCGCCCAAGGACUUCUCUACUACCAACCUCUUGCUACAGAUAGAGUAUUCAGCGUAUCAACAGCAGUUCUUGCAGCUGGUCCCCCUGCGGAGGGUACCGAGCUUCCUGUGAACCUCGUAGGCCGAAAAUCCUCUCAAGGUCUAGGCUUGGCUGUCGACCCCCGCGAUGACACUAUCAUCUUUAGCCCCAUGACCGAGACCGCCAUUGCAGCGUGGAACCCCAUCACUAACACACACAAGGUAUUGGCCCAAGACUCCGAGAAGCUGCAGUUUUGCGCAGAGGUCCGGUGGGCGGAACGCGACAACGGCGCAGUCUGGGCUCUUUCCACUCGCUUCCACAAGUAUUUCCGCAGAGCUGCUUCCAAACAUGAGAUUAAUGUUCGCGUGGUCCGAGUGGUAGAGGGUCGGCCAUUUGUUUCGUUACAACCGCAUAUACUCCGUCGCUCCACACGUCUUGCCAACGCUACGCUAUACUGAAAUGUAACAUUAACCGAAUUCAAAAUAAAAUGUGUUCACCACAUGUUUAAAUCAAUAAUUUAUUAAUUCGCUUUCACUAUAAAUAUAUUUAAAAUUUACAUUUUAUCACAAAUUUUAUCUUGUAAGGUGUUAAAUUUGAUUCGGUUUAAUAAAUUAAAAUUUUAUUUUGAUUUCGGUUGACUACUAAAUAUUUCACUGAUGCUGAUCGCUUCAAAGUUUAGGGGUGUGGGAUCGCUUGCCAUAAUAUGGAACGUUUAUAAUUUUUUUCAGUCUUCGUCAAUUUUUCUCACGCCAUCAACAAUGUGUCGUUACGCAUAAAUCAUAGAUUACUGCAAUUUAGCUUUGAAUAUUAAUUUAUUCUGCUACUAUCGUUUGAAAGUUACUACGAUAUGAAAAUUCGGAACCCAUUUUUUUCAUCUAUAUAUUUAAAGGCUAUUCUGUUUGUGGUGAAGGCAUUAAAUAUAAUUUAAGAUUUUCUCACUAUUAAACAAUUUUUUUGGAUUUGUUUCACGAAUAAAGAAACUAAAAUAUAUGUAUGUUUAAAAAUUUUUUGGCGUGUGAGCUCUCAAGAUAUUUUGCAUUUUUGAAUAUUUAUUAGGACAAUACUUGAUCACUUUGUAUUAUCAGAGUCAGUAUACUUAAAUCAUAUUGUUAUUAAUUACGAUUUGAUUUAAGUCACAUGAAAUAGUUAUAAUAAUUUUUGACAUUUUUUUCUCUUUCCAAUUUCUACUGGUGAAUAUUUUAACAAAUUCAUAAACAAUUCAUAAAAUCAUUUAUAUCCAUAGCCUAGAUGUUCACUUUGUGUUCAUUAUUAAAUGAAUGUCUUCUUAUACCCAGACUUGCAUGUAGUCUAGCGGUAUUACGUUCCAACGAAUAAAAAUAAUAUAGGUGAGAAACUCAGUACGGCUUGCUGUAAAAUAUCUUCAGAUUUUCUUUUUUUGUAAUUGUGUGAUAUACUUUAUUUACGAGCGUUCACUGUUCGGAGCCGGUUAAUAAUUACUUUUAACAGAGUGAGUUGUACGUAAACUUGCUUGUAUUAUAGAGUAAAAUUAGCAAAAUCUAUAAAAUUUGCGUAACGCUUAUUGAUCGUGUUUACAGCUCGUAAACUAGCUUAGACCUUAGAUUUAAAUAUCAAGUUUCGAAUUUGAAUAAACAUUCUAUCACUGCCUUUGUAGGCCAUGGCUAGGCUAUGUGUUCUUAAAUUUUAUAAGUGGAGGCUAAAAGAAAUAUCUUAUUGUUUGUUCUCAGUAUAUAUUUUGUUAGUGUAAACAUUGUACAUAAUCCAUACACUCAUUUCAUAAUUCUUAUUUUUAAGUAAUUGAAAUACAACAGAUGUUAUUUUAUACUUUUAACUUAUCUGUAUUUUUUAUUCUUUUAUUUACGCAGUCCAAAUUUCAAUUAAAUUAAAUAUUAUUCUAUUUUCAUGGUAAUUUUAGGCGAUAUUAGUAUUGCGAUUGUACUGCUGGUAUGCUUAAGUUUUUUUAAUCACAAGUAUUUGACUGGUCAAAAUUUUUGUUUACAUUUACGCCAAAAACUUAGCAAAAAGUUCGCGGACGUGAGCAAAAUAAAAUUCAACUUUAUAUCUUUGAGGGUUUUCCGGCUAAAGUAAAAAAACAUGUCCGAGUAUUCGUUGUAAAUGAAAAAUAGAAAUCAUGUAAACGAAGUACGUAAGUGUGUUUUAUCUUUCGAUUCGUUUUCUCUUUUUGUUAUCCUCACUAUUGUUAGCCAUCAAACCGUUAAGUCUGCUGGCCAAACCACAUAGAGCGAUUUUGGUUACGGUUUCAAUUAAAUAUGGUAUAUUUAUAUAUAUAUAUUUUUUUAUGUUAAUGCACUGUCGAUUGCACCUAUAAUUGAGGUGACAUCUGCCAUGAACUUUUGUCAAUUUGUCAAUGUUUUGUAUUGAUGAUCACUUUGUUGGUGCAACUUAAUAAAUAAAUAAAUAAAUACUUGUUGAAGAUGUAACUUUUCGGAUCUCUGAAUUAAUUUCUGAUGAAGAAAAGCUUUUGGUUGUUCCUGUAUUUUUCUGAUGACUUCAAAACGAACCUUAUUUUUAUUAAUGUCAGCUACCGAAUUGCAACGUGGCAUAUCGGUUUCCUUAUAUGUAUAUAUUAUUUAAAAAAAAAACUCUUUCACCAGUUAUCCAUGUCGUAUUUACGAAACUUGUUUUACAUAUACAUUUACCGCAUAUGCUUUAAUUAAUUGUUAAAUUUCAUAAUUCUAACAAUAUGUUCAUAAUGCUUACGAAUAAAAUGGAAACCAAUUAUACUUAUAGGGUUUUUUUUAAAGUGAUUAAAUUCGACUACUUUAAUUUCAUUACUGUAAUAAAACAAUAUAACGGAGCUGGCAAAAACAGGUUUCAUCCUUUUAAAUUAUUGUAGAUAAAAAUAUAGGUUGUAAUGAACUUUGUAUUGUAUCAUAGUAAACAAUUUCGUGUACACAUUAAAAUAAAU